AAGUUUUAUCUGUUACCAUGUCAACCAAUUGUGAUGGACAUUUAGUUACCAGAUUUUAUUAACGAUGAUUAGUCAAGAACUGGUAGACUAAUGGUAACUAAUUAAACAGAAUUAAUUAAAAUGAUCCAAUGAGUUAAUCUUUGUUUUAAUUCUCUUUUAAGUUAUUCAACUCCUCUUACCUUUGAAUUUUCCCUUGUCGAUUAACCUUUAAUUUACUUGGUUUCACAAUUUCUUUUAUUCUAAUUGUUUCAAUAAUCUGAGUUUUUUUUUCUCCUACCAUGGGCUCAGCAAUCAGUUCUCUCUUUCAAAGUCUAUUUGGAUCGAAAAAAGUCCGAAUUAUGAUGGUUGGACUGGAAGCCGCUGGAAAAACAACCAUCCUUUAUAAGCUUAAACUCGGUGAAAUUGUCACCGGCAUUCCUACCAUAGGUUUCAAUGUUGAAACGGUUGAAUAUCAGAAUAUCAGUUUCACUGUUUGGGACUUUAGUGGACAAGACAGGAUUCGGUCACUUAGGAGGCAUUACUUUCAGAAUACCGAAGGCCUUAUUUUUGUGGUCGAUUCUAACGACAGGGAGAGAAUAGGUGAAGUUCGUGAAGAUUUGGAUCGAAUGUUGGCUGAAGAUGAGUUGAGAGAUGCAAUUCUCUUAAUUUUUGCCAACAAACAAGAUCUCCCAAAUGCCAUGAAUGCUGCUGAAAUUACCGAUAAACUUGGUCUUCAUUCCCUUCGUAGUCGCAACUGGUACAUACAAGCAACUUGUGCGACAAGUGGUGAUGGUCUUUACGAAGGUCUUGAUUGGCUUUCAAGUCAAUUAAAAAAUUCAAAAUAACAUCAACGCAAAUACAACACAACACACACACACAGUAUAAGAUCAACCAGCAACAACAAUAAGUGAACCAGAGAUGUAUUAAUACAAAACAAAAUGAAUGAUACAAAAAAUACCACCAACAUAUAAUACCAAAAUUAUUUGCCUUUUAAAGUGUUUUCUUUGAAAACAAAAUUUAUAUUAUUUAACGAAAAA